AUAAAUUGACACCUAAAUCUGUUUCUGGCGCGCGUCCUUAUUAUGCUUUUAACAUCACCACAUCACAUCACAUACAUAGAAUACAGAAACAUUCAUUCACUUCUCUUCUUCUUCUUGCAUGGAUUCUCAUCAUAGUCAUAAUCAUUAAAUUAAAUAUUAAAUUAAAUCCAACACUUUCCAUGACCCACAAAACGCCGUCGUCAUGGUCACAGAUUCCAAACCUAUUCAACACCGUGGCCUCAUCGUCGGAAAUUACUGCCACGACAUCCUCCUCCACAACAACCUCGUAAUCGCCGAAACACUCGGCGGCGCCGCAUCCUUUAUCUCCACCGUCCUCGACUCCCUCUCUCUCCCCUUCCACCUCGUUUCAAAAGUGGGCCCCGACUUCGCCCACAACGCUCUCACAGCAAACCACCCCCCUCUCGUCGUCCCCACUUCCCUAACAACUCUCUUCCAAGCCCACUUCGGAUCGAACCACCCAGACCGGAUUUUAAACCGGGUCAAAUCAUGUGAUCCGAUUAGACCCUCGGAUCUUCCAUUCGGGUCGAGAUUCGGAUUCGGAAUGGCGGUUGGCGUAGGCGGGGAGAUUCUCCCGGAAACACUCGAAAGAAUGUUGGAGAUUUGCGAAGUUGUUUUCGUCGAUGUUCAGGGUUUGAUUCGUAGGUUCGAAGAUGAAGAAGGGCGCGUGAGACACGUGGGAUUAAAGGAAAGUGGAUUCUUUCACCUUUUACCGAGGAUUUCGUUUUUGAAAGCUUCUGAAGACGAGGCUUCGUUUUUGGAUUUAGAGGAAGUGAGAAAGUGGUGUUGCGUGGUGGUCACGCAUGGGAAGGAUGGGUGUGAGGUGUUUUGUAGAAAUGGGUGUUUGAGGGUUGAUCCUUUUGAGGCACGUCAGGUUGAUCCAACUGGUGCUGGUGAUUGUUUUCUUGGUGGCUUUGCUGCUGGGAUUGUGCAGGGUUUGGAUGUUUUUGAUGCUGCUUUGUUAGGGAACUUUUUUGGUUCUUUGGGUGUUGCACAAGUUGGACCACCUUCUCUUGAUUUGAGUUUGGUUCAGGUGGUUAAGGAAGAGAUGCAGAAAAGGAAAGUGCAGGACUCUCUUUGCUCAGAAAAAAUAGAUGAGUGUCUAUGUUUUCGGAUGCCACAUGAUCAAGAUCAAUUCUAUGCAUCUCUUGUUGCUGCCAAAGACAUAACUAUGUGUCAUAUUCAAGAAAAUGGGUGGAAUCUCGUGGGUUCUCACAAAGUGGUGGAGCAAAGCAAUGUGAAGGCAAGACUUGUAUUAAAUUCUGUCCAAAAGGAACCAAUUUCAAGUGUUGAUAGUGAACCCUAAUAUAUGGGUUGUUUGGAGCUUAAAAUCUCACUGAAAUUCUCCAGCACCCUCUUUAGGAUCUCAUCACUUGAAGUAAUAUUUCAUUUUAUGGUGUUCUUUGUACACCAAGUCUCAUGUAGCCUAAUUGUAGUUAUAGCAGUUCUAAAUUACUAAUAAAAUUGUUCUUUGAAAAAAAUAAUAAAGUAAUUGAAAUUCCAUUCAAGGCAUAUUCAUCUUUGUGUA